UCCCCACAUCAUAAUCAUUCUGUGACUGGUACUGCGCGUCGACACUAUGGGAUGGCUAGAUUUCAACUCGAAAUCGAAAAAGGAAAAGGAAAAAGAAAAAGACGAUGCCAGGUCCUCAUUCUCAUGGGGCGAUAAUCUUAAUGCCACGGACUGGCAGCAUUACACGGACCCCCGAACCCUAAUACCGACACUUCUGCUGACAACUACAAUUUUGGUUUUCGCGCGCUUGUACCGCUCUUAUCUGCGUCGCAUUCCAGAGGCAGCAUACAUACGGCCCGGGUUCUUUAGGAAAAGGAGUUUGUUUGGCACAGUGACGAGGGUCGGAGAUGCGGAUAAUUUUCACCUUUUUCAUACGCCUGGUGGUAGACUUGCGGGUUGGGGAUGGUUGCCGGGAAGAAAGACCUUGCCGGAGGGGAAAGACCUAAAAAACAAGACGGUGGGUACUUCACGAUGGUCGCUUGGUUAAACUAGAUGCAGAAGCUAAUUCACACAGAUUCACGUUCGGAUCGCAGGAGUCGACGCGCCAGAAGGAGCACAUUUUGGCAAACCCGCUCAACCAUUUUCAGCUGAGGCUUUAGCCUGGCUCCGAGAAUAUAUUCAGAAUCGCCGGGUACGUGCCUACAUUUAUAGACGCGAUCAGUAUGAUCGAGUGGUAGCUACAGUUUGGGUGCGAAGAUUUCUAUUUCGGAAGGAUGUUGGGAAGGAAAUGUUGAGAGCGGGAAUGGCUACAGUCUACGAGGCCAAGAUGGGCGCUGAGUUUGGAGAUUUCGAGGCGCAGUAUAGGGCGAUAGAAAAAGAGGCCAAGAGGAAUAAAUUGGGAAUGUGGUCAGGGAAGAAAAAGGAUUACGAAAGUCCAAGAGAUUACAAGAUCAGAACGGCGGCUGCUGCAAACACAUUGAAAUGAAUGAAGUAUGAUACCCAUCCCCAUAGAUGGUUUUUUUUUUCACAUGAGAGGACAAAUGAACAAGAUUGUGUUCCCGCAUUCAAACUUGAGAAUGGUAUAAUAGAAUGUUAAUAUAAUUGUGUGAGGAUGUUCCUUUUAAGGGGUUAAUGGAAUGA